UCUCUUUCCACGCUCGUUGUGUCCUCACCCCUCCAAUACCCUACCUAUCGUCACGUGACAAGAUUCCCUCCUGUUCAGUGUUCAUUGAGAGCGGGCUGCUGCUGGACGCAAGGUGCAACGGCAACGAGUCCAGGACGUGCCAGACAUUUUUGACCUCGUUGUGUCAUUACACAUAUCAACCAUUUUCUUCAUCCUCAAAGUCGACAUCGAGCCUCCAGUUGGUGGACGGGUCUCCUGACGGGCAUCCUCCUCCCCUCCCUCAGUCAGUCAGUCAGUCCAAGCUCAUGACGUAGUGUCAAGGUGGUCUGCUGACAUUCACCUCACCGUCGCACACCCAUCCAGCACAGUCGGGAUCAAUCCAGCCGCCUGCUCGCCGGUCAUUUUCCUCCGACCAGCGCCUAUGGGAAGCAAGUUUGGCAAGCUGCGGAAGGCGAAGAAGAAGCGGCGCAACAUGACCCCGGCUGACCCAGGAGUGUACUACAGAGCGGAGUUCACCAGCGUGGGGGACGUGCUCAAGGAUGGGAUGCUCAACAAGGCCGAGUUCCUGAGACUCAUUGGCCUCCUCGGCGUGUCCGACCCCGAGGAAGCAGAGGUGCUGUGGGACAGACAGACCAAAGCAGCGGGAGACUGGAUGUCGUCUGCUGAGUACGUGGCGCUCAUGUCGAACCCCGUCGUGGCCGAGACAACCAGCAUGUGGAGAAAGUUGUUUGCGAAGUUCGACACUGACGGAAGCGGAUAUGCGUCACAAAAGGAAGUGAUAUCAGGCUUGGCAGAUAUGGGCAUUCCGGUCAACGACGCCAUGAAGAAGAAGAUAAAGGACAUGGACACGGACAAGGACGGGCGCAUUUUUUACGGAGAAUUUUUGAAAAUGCAGCUGCUGAACAAGUAGAGAGAUAAGUGCGGGAAAAAUAUUUGGAGGAGGGGGCUACCCGGAGAAAGAUGUCGAGAAACAAGCUGCACUAUGACUUGACUGUCUUACCAUAAAUACAUGGCACCUUCCCCCCGCACCCCCCCCCCCCAUCUUCCCUAUUUUAAACUCGGACGGAUUUUGUACUUCUGUGGUUUGCUGAGCAAUAGAGACUUACCUCUGGACUUACGUCAUCGAAAAUCCACACUAGCGAACAUUGCGACGUAGGGCCUUCGUCACUGCCACGUCACGUCAUCCUCAUGGCGUCAUCUUUAGUACCAACGUUCAUCAACCGUGAUCCAUCUUAGGUACGGUGGCUGCGUUCUGAAUAAUUGUGUCGGCUAUUUUUUCCUUUACUUGCACCUUCUUUGGGUUUGGGUUUUCAGUCUGCCGCAUCCUGUAAUAUUCAUUCACACCUGUUCACCUGUGGUAAUCAUGCCGUACAACUGUGUGACGUCAUCAAGGGUCGGUGCUGAGCUUUGGCGCGCACAUCUCUGACACGAGUGCGGGAGGUGUGACUGAGGGGACAGAAGCAUCUUCCCACGUGCAUGAAGAAUAUAACGAGAUCAUCACAGACGAUCAUAUAAUGUCGGCUGAUUUAACAUGUCCUCAUUUUUUUAUUUUUAAUAAAUGUAUAGAUAUGUUUAGCACAUGACUGUCACAUGACUUUCCAGCAGCAACUAAAGCACAGUGUAGAGCAGGGUCAUAGUUAUCUGCCAUUUGUUUACUCUCACGAGUACCCGGCACAACACAAUUACCCAGAACUGGUUCUUCGAAUUAUGUUUUUUUCCCCAUAGCGAGGUAAAUAAACUGGAGAGUGCAGAAUAUUUGUGUAACACUACGAAUAUACAAACAAUAUUUAAGAUAAGUAAAAAAAACCAAUUAGGCUCGAAAGGAAAAGUCAGAGACAAACAAAUAUUCAUAUAAUUGUACAUCAAUCUUCAGUUCUCUUAAAAAAACCCUCAUUGCACUAAUAUUUAAUGAUUGUACGCAUAACCACUAUGUUCGAUGUGUUCUUUCGAUGGUAUUUUUAACUAAUAUAUUUUGAAAUUUAUUUCACUAAAUAAUUUAUUUUACUUGCUUAGCUUCUUUGCUUCACGAGGGCUGUUUUCAAACGUGCAUGUUUUCAAAUUAUUACUUUUUACAUAAUAAACAAUGAAUGUAAUUUUUA